UUUUACGUUCUUUGACUCGACUUUCGGAUAUAAAUAUAUGCUAUAAUUUACAUGGAUGUAAUAUUUCAAUAUCUAGUUCAAUAUUAUACGACUCGCAAAACAUUCUCGCGCAUUGUAGGUUGCAGCGUACAAAGGAAGUACGCGCUUACAACAUGAAAUAUGUAUCAGCUGUUUUCGCCUCGUUGGCACUUGCGGCACACGGUGCGGUCAUUUCUGCCGACGCUACAAACUACGUAGGAGCGUUUGCAUCAGCUCAAGAUGGCGAUACGAUCAUUUUGACUGCUGGUCCAUAUGCCCUCACUGAGCCCAUUAUCCUAGACAAGAAGCUAAAUGUGACGGCCGAACCUGGCACGAUUUUCCAGGUGGCCGAUCUCUCUUCGAUAGUGUUCGCGUUCGGAAAUAUGGCGGGAUAUAGUUCUACUCUCGAUGGGCUUAGCAUCGCCACUGCUACAGGAGACUCGUGCGAUUUGGCAGAGCCCUAUGCUCUACAGGCGAACUUUAGUAUUGACAUUACGGGCGCUACCGUCGCAAGCAAUAAGGUCAACUUGAAGACAGACGUCGGCGUGUGGCAUAAUGAGCGGAAAUUAAAUGACUUCUAUUUCGCCGAAUGCCAUUAUGCUGUGGACCACCCAACCAAGAUGUCUGGUGGUGUAUACAAGCUUCUAGGUAAUUGUCGAGCUCAGUUAGAUUUCAGUGUUGAUUUCGACAAGCUGGGUGGAACAGAUGGUUGUGGAACUACUAUCGAGAAUUUCGCCACUUUCACAUCAUACCGGGCUCAGGUUGAAGCGCAGUGGGACGAAUUUGUAGAGAAAGUUGAUGAUGAGAAAGAGUUGCGGUUGCCUGUCACUCGCGAGGGCAAUGCUGUUACCAAUUUGUUGGUACAAAUCGACACCGUUCGUAACGUCGCUGCCACCAUUAAUGCGAAGUACAAAUCCGUUGAGAUUGAAGCCGCUAUCAAUUUGGUUGAUGUAGGAUACUAUGACAGCUGGAAUCACUCUAAAAUUCGUCUUGAAAUCCAUUUGCCCGCCCCGUACACUGUUACAAACGCGAUGGGUGUCGUCGGUAGAAAUGAGGAGAGUUUUGAGGCCGAAGUGAGUGCACUGUCUUCUUACUCGGUUGAACCGGCGUGUGUUGGACAGGCUAUAGGAGAUGAUUGCAUCCAGAAUGUUGAGUUCGAUAUUGUCGCUUGUGAUCUGACUGGUGAGUACUCGCUAAAUGAGCUUACUAUCGGCUGCCAAGCUGAAGAUAAUAACGGUGACCCUGGUGUUUGUCCUAAUAUGGAUGCUGAAGAGCCUGCAACCGUUAUUUUCUUCAUUGACACGAACAACUUCUGCGAAAUUGAAGAGUUUGAGCUAGAUGCUCUGUUUGACUUGUCCAUCAAGGUAUACGAUUCUGACGCAUAUGUUGUGGAGCAGGAUACCUUCGAUCUGGGUAGCAUGUCAUACUGGCAAAUCACAGCAGAUACAUCUGCCAGUGGCGUGGCUCUAUACAACGCAGAAGUCACAUAUGCGGAGCGAACCACCGACGGUGACUGCUCUGGAUUCGAUGAUUAUCUUGGUGAAAUUGCGGCGCUUGAAGAAGGAGAGUUCACUCAAACUUACGAGCCAAUAGGUCAGACCAUCUCUAUUCCCUUGCAAGUCACCGCUCAAAUGGCUUGUGCCACCUCAGACCGUACCGGAAAUGCCAUUACCAUGAACUACACCGUUCUCGUGGAUUAUGAUGAUGGAUCCGCACGUCGCCGUCGUGCUCUAGAUGGCAUGUCCACUCGUGAUGCCGGUGAGGUCGCUGUGGAUAAAGAGGCUGGUGUACGUUAUACGGCCGAAGAUCUAGCUCAAGCUGCCGCUGUUGGUGCCAGUGUCGCCGCAGGAGCCACCGCUGCACAGCAAGAGGAACAGGGGGAUACGAUACUAAUUGUAGGUGGAAUUCUUAUCCUACUACUACUGUGUUGCUGUUGUUGCUGUCUGGUGGUUGGUGUGGUGAUUAUGCGCAGGAGAAAAGCUGCCAGGCAAAAGGAGGAGGCUAUCCUGAGCCAGCAGUCGAAUAUGGGCUUCAACUCCUCCGUAAACUUCGGCGGGCAUGCUAGUCAGAUAAAGGUCUAAAUCGCAAACCACUAAUUAAUAACCAUUCCACGUUCGGCCACAAAAUAUCAACAUUAGGAUAAAAUAAAAUAUAUACCACGUAGCUGCUCUUUCUUCUUGCUUC